AUGUCUCACCGAAAGUUCGAGGCUCCCCGUCACGGUUCGCUGGCUUACUUGCCGCGAAAGCGAGCAACCCGCCACCGCGGAAAGGUCAAGUCCUUCCCCAAGGAUGACCCCAAGAAGCCUGUCCACCUUACCGCCGCUAUGGGCUACAAGGCCGGCAUGACGACCAUCGUCCGCGAUGUCGACCGACCCGGUGCCAAGUCGCACAAGAAGGAAGUCGUCGAGGCUGUCACCAUCGUCGAUACCCCACCCAUGAUCGUUGUUGGUCUGGUUGGUUACAUUGAGACCCCCCGCGGCCUCCGAUCCCUCACCACCGUCUGGGCCGAGCACCUUAGCGACGAGGUCCGCCGCCGAUUCUACAAGAACUGGUACAAGAGCAAGAAGAAGGCCUUCACCAAGUACGCCAAGAGGUACUCCGAGAACAACGGUGUCUCCAUCACCCGCGAACUCGAGCGCAUCAAGAAGUACUGCACCGUCGUCCGUGUCCUCGCUCACACCCAGCUCCGCUUGACCCCCCUCAAGCAGAAGAAGGCCCACCUCAUGGAGAUCCAGAUCAACGGUGGCUCCGUCGCCGACAAGGUCGAGUUCGGCCACAAGCUCUUCGAGAAGCCUGUCGGUAUCGACUCCAUCUUCGAGCACAACGAGAUGAUUGAUGUCAUCGCCGUCACCAAGGGUCACGGAUACCACGGUGUCACCUCCCGUUGGGGCACCAAGAGGCUCCCUCGCAAGACCCACAAGGGUCUCCGCAAGGUCGCUUGUAUCGGUCCCUGGCAUCCUUCCCACGUCCAGUGGACUGUUGCCCGAUCUGGUCAGAUGGGUUACCACCACCGUACCUCGGUCAACCACAAGGUUUACCGAAUUGGAAAGGGCGACCAGGAGAACAACGCCUCCACCGAGGCCGACGUCACUGCCAAGAAGAUUACUCCUCUUGGUGGCUUCGUCCGCUAUGGUGAGGUCAACAACGACUUCGUCAUGCUCAAGGGCUCCAUUCCCGGUGUCAAGAAGCGAAUCAUGACCCUCCGCAAGUCGAUGUUCGUCCACACCUCCAGGAAGGCCCUCGAGGACAUCCAGCUCAAGUGGAUCGAUACCUCCUCUGAGUUCGGUCACGGUGCCUUCCAGACCCCGGCGGAGAAGAAGCAAUACCAGGGUACCCUCAAGAAGGACCUCAUUGCCGCGUAA